GUCUCGUUGCUUCAAUUAAUUCUAUUUAACAACAAAAACAUCGCCAUGAAGCCGCAAAAAUUUAAACUUCCUUGUACAAGCGAAAGCUUUGCGAAUCUGGACAGGAAAACAUUAAUAGUUUCUGUUUUUGGUAAAAGUCAAUACAGAGCGAAAGCAUGUAAGGCUGAAAUGUUUAGUUCAGUUUUGCAAGUAAACUUAUUGGAAGAACCAGAAAUUGACAAAGAUUCAUUGUGUGAAAUAGAAGGCUAUCAUGAUCCAAAGACAAGGACUGUAUAUCUCCACCUCAAAGGACUUUUGGAUACUCAUGCACUCAUCAAUGAAUACGAUCAGUUUAUUGAAAAGCAAAAACGUAAAGACUUUCUCAGUGCUUGGGCACAUAUGAGACACAAAUAUUGUAAAGGACUUCUUGUCUUACUUCACAUAUCUCACGUUGUCAUUUUGAGUCACCCAACACAUAAUUUUGAUCACAGUUACAUUCAGCUAUUUAGGGCUAUUGAAAUAAUCAGGCAAAAGACUUUACCGCAGCUGUCAGACUUUUUAAGCACUAUUUCUGGAUUGCCAAAAGAUUGGCUCUCUAAUGGAAGACCGUGUUCACCUCGUGUAUUAUUUUAUUUUGAAACCUGCCCACCAAUUUUUCGUGAUCCAGAUAGUGGAGCUAGUAUAAAGAAGCUUGAACACGCGUUGGAAGAUAAAAUAUAUCAAAUCUUGAGAAAGAAUAGAAUAGUUACAAACAUAAGUUCCAACUCUUUAUUUGCGAUACCAGCUAAUCAAGAAUUUGUUUUUGUGAAUACGGGUAAUAGUGAUACCCGUGACAUUUUGGCCUAUAUGACACAACAAUUGAUUAAGAGUUGUGCAGUUAAUCCUGGAGCAUCAGGUUCAAAGAAUUUAGGAAAUUUCGACGCUCUGAGUAGUGAUGAAUCAGAAGAUGAAUCUUACAAUUUCAAAAAGUUUUUACAACAGCACAUAAACUUAGCUUUUUCUAAAGGCUUUGAUGAUAAUGUAGGUCGUCAUCAGGUUCCAGCUCAUUUUGAGAUACCUACGCUAGCUUUAUUCUUUGAGGUAGCAAAUAAAGUACACGAAUUUUUUGUUGGUGGAGCAGACAAAGAACUUUCUAGUCUACAUGGAUUGUUAGAUACUGAUGUUAAAUUCAGCAAAAGUCGUUGCACUAAAGUUUUACCAAGAGCUUUGCAAGCUUACCAAGAAAAUCUUCCACAGCACUACACUAGAUCUUAUCAUGAAUCAAAGUUGGCUCAUGCAAUGGGUGUCUUCGAGAUGCACGCCAGAGGUCCUCUUUUUGAAGAAUUCAGUGAAAAGUUACAAGAAGAAUGUGAAAAACACUGGCGAACAGGUCGACAAAUGUGUCAAGUACUAUCCCUUACUGGGAAUCCUUGUACAAAUCCAAUCCACAAAGGUGGUGGUGAGGGAGCUGGUGGUGGUGAAUCGCUCGAAGACAGAGAAGACUUCUAUGAUUUAUCUUCCAUGGAACACUGCAGUGGAGUCCGAUACAUUUGCGCUUGUAAUUGUGGUCGGAGUCAAGGAUCACGGGAAGACCCAUUCAAAUUAAAACAAGCUAAUUAUGAUUACUUCCACAUUUUAUCCAUGCAGUGUGGUUGUAAUCAGCUAGAAUCCUAUAGAUUUCCGGUUUUUCAACCGAGUAUACAUAAUUAUCGAGCAGCGCAAUUUCCAACUAAUCGUAAAGAUUCAAUAGUACGAACUGAUGUUUCUACACCACAAGAUCAAACUCAAGUUUAUAGCCUGGGAGUCAAUGAUGAGUUCAAAGAUGAAAUCACAGCUUACGGUAGUGGUGGACAGUCACCUCCUGCGCAAAGUGAUCUUGUUGAGGAAGAUGCCACAAGACUAAGCGACAAAACUAGUUUCACACCUGGUGAUGAAAACAAAAUUGUGAUUGCCGUCUCAGACGCGGAUUCCGAAAAUUGCAAAGAGAAGUCUAUAAAGAGACAACCUUCGACAACGGAAUAUCUUCCUGGAAUGUUACACACAGAGUCACCUGCUGGUUUACUUCCUCAGUUUUCUAGCUGGUCUUUAGUUUGUCUAGGAUCUAGUAGUAUAUACUCACACAAUUUAGGAUUACAGCACCAAUCAGGUGUUCUAGCUAAUUCUGCUUUCUUACUUCCUUGGGACGUUACUGUCAGAUUGGAACAUCAAAAAGAUAGAUCUUCUCUCUGGCCUGGUGUAGAAAAUAACCAGCACAGCUUUAAUCCGCGUGGGAAAAAUUUUCAAUCAGUUAACGUUAUACGAGGAAGAAAAGUGAAAAAAGGCAAAGAACUGCUUGUCAAAAUAUUUGUUGGUGUGGAGUACGAGUGUCCGAGGGGUCAUCGAUUUAUGGCUGCUACUCCUGACAAAGUGUUGAAAGCAACUGGAAUCGGUACGGUGAAAGAUAAUGGAAACAAAGUGACAUCAAGCACAGCAGAUAUGCCCCUCUAUUUCCCCUGCCCUUGCAGGCAACCCAAACCCUUGAUUGCACAAUUAAUGAGGAUACAUGUCGUAACGCCAAAAGCUCCAGUUCAUGUUACAUUGAAUCCUCGAGUGCAACCUGGUCCACCUCCGUGCCCAAUCUUUGUCACGGGCUGUGAAGAACCCAUCAAACUUUCUCAAAGUGCCUACUGGAUUCUGAGAUUACCGUACGUUUACAUGGGAGAAAAAGGUCCCUAUUUACCGCCAAAAGAACCAGUUUCAGUAUCACAUGGUAGAUUACUAGCGGGAAUGUACGGCAUAAGUGAAGUAGUGAGUGAUAAAAAAUAAAAAAUA